AUGUCGGUCCUCCAUGCACAGAAGGCCGGCUACAAGGCGGCGAUUGUCCACAAUGUGGACUCUGAUGACUUAAUCAGCAUGGGAUCCAAUGAUCUGGAUAUUCUGAAGCAGAUAGACAUUCCUUCAGUGUUUAUUGGUGAAGAAGUGGCCAACUCUCUCAAAGAGGAUUACAUCUAUGGGAAAGGUGGUCAUGUGAUUCUCAUGCCGGACUUCAGUUUGCCUCUGGAAUAUUAUCUGAUCCCAUUCCUCAUCAUUGUUGGAAUCUGCCUCAUCCUCAUUGUAGUUUUCAUGAUCACAAAGUUUGUUCAGGACAGACAUAGAGCCAGGAGAAGUCGCUUACGCAAGGACCAGCUGAAGAAACUCCCAAUUCACAAGUAUAAGAAAGGUGAUUCGUACGAUGUGUGUGCCAUUUGUUUGGAUGAGUAUGAGGAGGGCGACAAGCUGCGGGUUCUUCCCUGCUCACACGCCUAUCACAGCAAGUGUGUCGACCCGUGGCUGACCAAAACCAAGAAGACCUGCCCCGUGUGCAAGCAGAAGGUCGUGCCGUCUGACGGCGACUCUGACUCCGAGUCGGAGUCUGGUGACAGCGGCGGCGAGGAGAACGAAGUGUCGGGAAACACGCCCCUGCUGCGAUCUCUGGCCUCCACCAGCGCCCAUUCCUUCGGCACCAUGUCCGGCUCGCUGUCCCGUCCCGACGCCGAGUCCUCGGACUACGACGAGCGCAGCGACACCACCGACAGCGAGGAGGAGGCUACCGUGGAGACUGUGGUCGUACAGCUGCAGCAGGGCUGUCCCGACAACAUGGAGGCCAGCGCUUGAGACGUUAGCGACGCCAACUCGAACUCUCAGUGGAGAUUCCAAAACAUUUCACCGUCACUUACAAGUUACCGCUGAAAAAUGUUUAACGUUCACCACGUGCAGCGAUACUAUGCAGCGAAAUUUUAUAAAUCAUGGUUCCCCCCCCCAAAAGAAGUGCGAAAAUGCGCGAAUUUCGCCAACCUGGUGAAACGUCACCUUAGCGCUUGCUGCCAAACUCAUCUCAGAUGUGCAUCCGAUCGCGACCAACUGCAUGUUUUAUACGACACGAUAAGACUUUAUUAGCGACACUGACGUCACCGUUUUAGUUUGAUCAUUAACAGCGGAGCCGCUCCAAACACCAGUCACUCAGACGUGAUCUUGGAAGUGUAGUUAGGUAUAACAUCAUUUAUAUACUGUAAGUAGGAGUUGAAGGGGUUUUUUGCUAACACAAUGUGAUCUGUUACUGAUGUCUGAUUGCCUUUAAAUGUUGCUUUACUGUAAAUAUACCUUUCACUCACCCUUGUUUCUAAGUACUCUACAUUCAUUUCUCUUUUCUGAAUAAAAUACUACACCUUU